AUGUUUACUCUCUCUCUUUCCGGUUCAACCUCCGACUGAGGGGGAGAGAGAGAAAGAAAGAAGAGAGAGAGAAGAAGAAGCCAUGAACCGAAGAAACACGUUACUUCUUCGGAUCCUCUUCUUCCUCUUCGCCCUCAACUCCUUCUCUCUCUUCCUCUACUUCAUACACCACCACUUAUCUCCUUCUGCACCCCCACAACCACCUUCUUCUUCUUCUUCUUCGUUUUUACACCUCAAUCCUCACACCUAUUUAACACCCUUCAACCAGACGCACUCUUCAAAGCCAUGGCCCAUUCUCCCUUCUUACCUUCCCUGGUCGCAGAGCCCCGGAGCGGCGCCUCCCCGCCGCUCCUGCGAGGCCUACUUCGGGAACGGCUUCACGCGCCGCCGCGACCUCCUCCUUGCGCGCGGCGGCGCGGGGUGGUUCCGGUGCUGGCACAGCGAGACGCUGCGGAGCUCCGUGUGCGAGGGCGGGAGGCUGCGCAUGGCGCCGGAGAGGAUCGAGAUGGCGGCCGGCGGGGAGGCGCUGGCGGCGGUUAUUGGGCGGGGGGAGGAGGAGGAGCUGCCGGUGUUUGGAAACGGUGCGUUUGAGGUUGAUGGGGGUGUGGAAGGGGUCGUUGAGCGUGAGUUUUUGGUUGAUCGGGAGUUUCUGGAUCGGUUUGUGCCACGUGGCGAGAUAUCGAGACAUACCAUGAGGGACUUGAUCGGGAAGAUUCGGAUCGUGGGGGGGAAGGAUUUUGAAUGUGAUGAGUGGAUUGAGGAACCGACACUUCUGGUGACACGCUUUGAGUAUGCAAAUCUAUUUCACACUGUUACUGACUGGUACAGUGCUUAUGUUUCUUCUAGGGUCACUGGUCUGCCUAAUCGACCUCAUUUGAUCUUUGUUGACGGCCACUGUAUGGCUCCUCUUGAAGAGACAUGGAAAGCAUUAUUCUCAAGCCUUAGAUAUGCCAAAAACUUCAGUGGUUCAGUUUGUUUUCGCCAUGCCAUUCUCUCUCCUUUGGGAUAUGAAACAGCCUUGUUUAAAGGACUAACAGAGGACAUAGAUUGUUAUGGUGCUCCUGCACAAGAACUGUGGCAAAAGCCUGAUGACCACAAAACUGCACGCCUUUCUGAAUUUGGAGAAAUGAUCAGAGCAGCAUUUGGGCUACCAUUAAACAUACACAGCGGUAGAAAACCCCUCUUUGGACACAAUGUCCUCUUUGUUCGCCGCGAAGAUUACUUGGCUCAUCCACGCCAUGGUGGUAAAGUUGAAUCGCGGCUAAGUAACGAGCAAGAAGUCUUUGAAUCCUUGAAGGGUUGGUCAUCUGGUUUUAAAGGGUGUAAAGUUAACCUUGUCAAUGGCUUGUUUGCUCACAUGUCUAUGAAGGAUCAGGUGCGUGCCAUUCAAGAUGCAUCGGUCAUCAUCGGCGCGCAUGGCGCUGGUCUUACUCAUAUUGUAUCUGCAUUGCCUAAAACUGUGAUUCUGGAGAUCAUUAGCAGCCAAUUCAGACGCCCCCAUUUUGCGUAUAUUGCAAGGUGGAAAGGGUUGGAGUAUCAUGCAAUCAACCUUGCUGGAUCACAUGCUGAUCCUGGAACUGUGAUCAAUGAGUUGGUUGACAUAAUGAAAAGCCUUGGAUGUUGACUUGAAUGUUAAUUGAAACUUCUGAUAUCUGAGCUUAAUUUUCUGAUUCACAUCAUCUGAUAUGUGGCUUGCAAUGUUUUUUGCCCUCAAUUGCAGCCAGUUUGGUUACUACUUACUGCCAAGUGAUACAAAGUGUAGGAUAUGUUGUUGGAGCAGAAAUAGCAUAACUCUUAACUGAAUUUAACUUGACAAUUCCACUAUGCUUCUGAAGGUUGCUGAAUCAAUGCCAUGAGGGAAAGGUCCAUUUGUGUUGGUUUAUAUAUCAUGCUGGAUUUUUAGACCCUGAUACUGACACAUUAUGUGUCAUUUUGCAGUGCGAUUUUGUGUCCUUGCCUUGCUCCUUGUCCCAAGUUGUAUACAAAAGAGGGGUCUCAAAUUUUUAUUUGUAUAUUGAUUCUUCCACACUUACCAGGUUUUGUUGUACCAUAGGUUGUCUCAUAAGCUCAUUUUUCCUCUGAAUAUUUUUGAUACGGAUACCAUGUUACUUAAUGUUGAGGUCUUGAGGUGACUUAUACAAAUUGCAUUUGUACUUGUGUGUUAGAAUGAGAGAUUUAAGGGAGUAAUUCCUUUUUUUUAAAAGAAUUUUAAAUGUUUUGAAGUGA